GUCCUUUUACUCUACUAUUUAUAACGUUUUCUUCAAGAGAAACUCUGUUUUCGUUGGUACAGUUUUUUUAGGUGCUUUUGCUUUUGAAACUUCUUUUGAUACUGCUAUCACUGAUUGGUAUGAAAAUCAUAACAAAGGGAAAUUAUGGAAGGAUGUUAAAUUAACUUUGGGUGAAUCUGGUAAAGAUGAUGAUGAAUAG